UUUCGCGCAGUUAUGGCUUUCGCCACAUGUAAUGAGAUCAGGAUGAGAUGAGUAGUGAAAUAGAUAAGUACACCUUUAUUUAUGACAGCAGCUUAAAGCUACAGUACAGAUAGUCCUAAUUGUAGGCACAGACAUCUACAUAAAUGGCAAGCAGACUCGUAUGGAAUCGACUUCGAAAUGCGUUGCUGUCAUCGUCACCUGUUCUCACACGGCCACACGCUGCGCUACCGUCACAAUUCUCAGUAUAUGCCAGAUCUCUUCUAGAGUUUCAUACGACAAGGAAAGUAUCGUUAGCAUUUUUUAUCCCGAGCAAGUGCGAACCAAGGCGCCGCACAGACGUCAAAUUGGCAGCGGUGCAUGGUUUGACUUGUGUGUGCUCAUACUCUUCUGACGGGCAAAGCCAAAAUUCUCCAUUAGUGACAGAUCGAGCUUCUUUGUCAGCACCAGAGGGCGACACCAAUGACUUUUCCGUCAUAUAUAAGUUCCCCUACAUCGUGCACAUGCGGGUUGUGUCGCGAUUCAAGAUCGUACAGACAGGCAUCACGUCAGUUGUGCUUCUACCGAUGGCCGCUCUCACUGCGAUGGGGCACGUGGAGCCAUGGUUGUUGACUUACACAUUUGGCGUAACAGGACUAGCAGCUGGGAUGCUCUGUGUUAUGAGUUAUUUCUUUAGGAGAUUGAUAGGUAUCCUUGCUCUCAGCAAUGAUGGCGAUAUGUUAAAGGUCUCUCAUAUGACAUUCUGGGGAAGGAGGCACGAUAUUUACGUGCCAGUCGACAGUGUUGUGCCUUUUUCUGAUUGUGAAUCUAAUCCCACAGAUAUUUUUGUAAAUUUUAUGUGUGAUGAAAUUACCAGUCAUUUAUACAUCAGUCUUAGGUUUGGAGGCAUUGUCGAUAGAGAGAAAUUCAUGCAGGUAUUUGGGCGUGAAAUACCUCCAUUAAAAUAAAGUUAUAUUAACUAAUAAAAAUGUGAAAUAAGUCGAGAAACAAGAGAAAUUUCAAAUAUAAAACUGUAUAAAUCAAUCAAAACUGUUCAACUGUACUGUAAUUGGGAAAAUAUGUGUUGCAAAUAUAAAUACAACAGGCCCGUAGUGGCCGCCAUGGCAGCACGGCACUGCCGUGGCACUAUUUUGACAAAAAAAAUUGUGCAGGGAACCAAGGAGCUACAUAUACCAAGGAGAUGAAACAACACAUGCGUGGCUCUCUUCUCUAGAAACAGAACUGAUUAUGUUUAGCAGGAGUCAAAUGCCAGUAGACAUCAAAUGUGCAAAGGACUUCUUGGAGUCGUACAUCUCCCAUUCACUUCUGUAUCCUGAAACCGGAAAAAUUCUCAGAUUGCUUUUAAUAUUGCCGGCAACACAUGCAGUCAGUGAAAGGUCCGUCAGCGCUUGGCAUCUAGGGUGAAAUCCUUUCUCAGGGCAAGCAUGACCCAGUUAAGGCUCAACAAUACAAUGCUCCGAGUAUAUGUUAGACAAGAUAGAUGAACAGGAUGUAAUUUCAGAAUUUGUAAGUUGCCAUCCAGGCAGAAAAUAUAAAAUU